AUGGCUACCAAAUCCACAGCUACUGGCGAGAAGCGAAAGUCCGCCCCUGGUGGAAAGUACCAGACUUUCUCUAAGCUUCCCAAGAAGCCCAGACUUGAAGAGAAGGUGUCCAAGAAGAAGAAGCCCGAACCAGAGUCCGACGACGAUUCCGAGGGCGGCGCCGAUCUGAGCGAGGAAGCUCCCAAGAAGUCAGAAGGAAAGACAUUUGAGCGAGUUUCAGGUCAAACUUCGCGCGAAUCCCAUGCCAAGCAGAAGCAGCUCGCCCUGGAGCGCAAGGCCGCAAAGCCUCUUGCUGACGAAGUUCAACGCACAAAGAAGCUGUGGGAGAGAUUGCGACGAAAGUCUCACGUUCCCAAGGAGGAGCGACAGACAUUGGUCGACGAGCUGUUCACUAUCAUCACUGGUCGCAUCAAGGACUUCGUGUUGAAGCACGACGCCGUCCGCGCCGUACAGACCGCUAUCAAGUACGCCACGCCCGACCAGAGGAAGCAGAUCGCUCGCGAGUUGACUGGCACAUACGCUCAGCUUGCCGAGAGUCGAUAUGCCAAGUUCUUGAUCGGAAAGCUUCUGGUCCAGAACGACGAGGAGAUCCGAGAUAUCAUUAUUCCCGAGUUUUACGGCCGUGUUCGAAAGAUGAUCAACCACCCAGAGGCUUCAUGGAUUCUCGACGAUGUCUACCGAGGUGUUGCGACAAAGGAACAGAAGGCCAUCCUUCUCCGCGAGUGGUACGGUCCCGAGUUCUCUCUCAAAGAACUCAACAAGGAUACCAAGCCCACAUCCGAUCUCAAGGCCAUUCUCGAGGCCGAGCCCAGCAAGCGAGGCCCCAUCAUGAAGAGUCUGGUUGACAUGAUCAGCUCUCUUGUCAACAAGAAGAUGACCGGAUUCACUAUGCUCCACGACGCUAUGUUCCAGUACUUCUCUGCCACUCAGCCCGGCACUGAAGAGUUCAGCGAGUUCUUCGAGAUGGUCAAGGGUGACGAGGGCGGAGAUUUGCUCAAGAACAUGGCCUUCACUCGCAACGGUGCCAAGCUUACAUGCUUGCUCCUCGCUCAUGGAUCUUCAAAGGACCGAAAGCAGAUCCUCAAGACUUACAAGGAUACCUUCCUGCUGAUGUCCGGCGACAUCUGGGCGCAUCUUAUCAUCCUUACUGCCUACGACGUUAUUGACGAUACUAAGCUGACUGCCAAGUCCAUCUUCCCUGAGAUUUUCGGCGAGGGUGAGAACGUUGCUCAGAAUGUUGUCGCUGCUGCCAACAACCCCUUUGCCAGAACAACAAUUCUUUAUCUCUUCGAGGGACUUGCCAAGUCUCUCUUCCCUCCUAAUCAGUCAUUCGAUGUUGAGCUUCUCCAGGAGGUCCACGAGAUCCGCAAGACAACAAGUAAGAAGGACGAGGACAUUCGACGUAACGAACUCAUUACUGCCAUUUCCCCUCAGCUCAUCUCCGUUAUCGCUGAGGUUCCUUCCGAGUUUAUGGCCAGUCCCUUCGGCUGCCAAUACAUCACAGACGUUCUUCUCUCAGGAGUUGGCGACAAGCAGGCUGCUCUGGAGGCCGUUGCCCAAUCAGCUAGUGGCAACCCCAGCGAGGAGCCUGCAGAGGAUGAUCUCCAACCCCAAGUUCAUAUCUCAAAAACACCCCACGGUGGCCGUAUGCUGAAGUCUCUGAUCCAAGGCGGAAAGUACGACAAGGCUGCUGGCAAGAUUAUUCCCGUCGACCCUCCUCUGGAGUUCUCCAACAUUCUCUACCCCGUUAUUAAGGAAUACAUUAUGGACUGGGCUACUGGACCCAGCUCAUUUGUCGUCGUCGGUCUCCUUGAGGCUGGCGACUUCAGUGAGACUGAUGCGCUUAAGAAGACACUCAAGAAGAACAAGAAGACUCUUGAGAAGGCUGCCACCGAGGAGACCGCUGAACAGAAGGCUGCUCGUGAGGCUCACGAGGCUGCGCCCAAGGCAGCCAAGAAGGGCAAGAAGAAGGGUGACAAGCCUGUUGGUAAUGCCGGUAGCAAGCUUUUGUUGGAGAAGUUGUAA